AUGAAAACCGUCGAUGACACCGCCCGCGAAACCGCCCGAGAGAUGGGCUACAGAGAGCCCGCAUCCACGACCGAUAGCUCGAACGGGAACUCGAUGAUGAACCCCCAUAACUCACUUAAUGAUAUGGCACAAUCGGGCGUGAAGGAAAUGAAGAAUGUGUUUGAUGGUGUGGCAUCGGCGCCGGCGCCGGGGGAUUUUUUGAAUAGUACGUGGGAACAUGUAAGGUCGUUGAUGGUGGGGGGAAGUGAGGAGGAUCAUGGGAAUGGGGAGGAUGGCGGUGUCGAGUCCGGCGGAUCCGGAUGA